AAACUAGUAACACAUUUUCAAAAGCUGAUGAUAUGGAUGCUAUUUACAUAAAAUGACAAUAGAAGACCAUGAUGCUUUUUCAAUUUUUUAAGUGACGAGGAACUUUAGCUUGGCACUUAUAAAUACCCAUCUUCAGCAUCGCUAUUAUUCAAGUAGCACAAUACACAAGCAAUUACAUCCUUUUUGUUCCUCCACUAUAAAAAUGGCUGCUGCUAAUGCCACCGCCGCUUUGGAUGCCCCGCCAAGCUGGCCCAAUGGCCGUCCGCCACUUGUAUUUUCUACCGAAAGCAAGUGGGACCAAAUUUUCGUCUCGUUUACAUUGGACCAUCAGGUUCAAGAGAAGUAUGCGGAAGCUAUUUCGGUACUCAAAGAAGAAGCAAAGAUGAUGUUAACAAUGGCUAAAGGGAAAUCAAUCAGUGAGAGGUUAGUACUAAUCGACACGCUUGAGCGUUUGGGGGUUGGAUAUCACUUUGAUCAAGAGAUUGAGGAUCAACUUGAACAUACCUUGACCGAGUUUGAGAAGGAACGCGAAGGCUAUGAUUUGUUUACUACUGCACUUUGGUUUCGUCUAUUGAGGCAACAUCGCCAUUAUGUCUCUUGUAAUGUUUUUGACAAGUUCAUUGACCAAGACAAAAGAUUCAAAGAAACCUUGACUGAUGAUGCUAAGGGCCUGCUUAGCCUGUAUGAAGCAGCCCACUUGAGAAUCCAUGGGGAACAAAUCUUGGACGAGGCUUUGACUUUCACGAUACAUCAUCUGAAGCGUAUGGUACAACAGUUGGAGUCUCCACUUCAAGACCUCGUAAAGCGAGCUCUAGAGAGACCUCUCCACAGGGGCCUUCCACGAAUAGAAACUCGUUACUAUAUUGUCUCGUACGAAAAAGACGACUCGAGGAACGAACAACUUCUCAAACUAGCCAAGUUGGAUUUUAAUUAUUUGCAGAAUAUGUACAAGAACGAGCUGCAGGAAAUCACUAGGUGGUGGAACAAGCUGAACCCAAACCUGCCAUACGGGAGAAAUAGAAUUGUUGCGUCUUAUCUUUGGGCGACCUCAUUCCACUUUGAACCCCAGUAUAAGAUUCUACGCGUGGCUGUCACAAAAAUCUUUCAAAUACUUACACUUCUUGAUGAUACAUAUGACACUUAUGCAACGAUUGAAGAAGCUGAUUUGUUUGCUGAGGCUGUGGAAAGGUGGAAUAUGGAUGAGGUGGACGGGCUUUCAAAUGAGUUGAAACUCAUGUACGAGUGUGCUCUCAAGUUUUAUGACGACUACGAAGAAGAAGCAGCAGCACAAGGAACAAUGUUUGCAGUUCCUUAUGCCAAAGAGGCUGUGAAAGAAUUAUGUUGGGCCUACAGCCGAGGGCUCAAGUAUACCAUGGGAGGCCCAAUGGCAACAUUCGAGGACUACAUUUUAAAUUCGGUGUUUGGGGGUGUCAUUUAUGCAACAUACCCAGCCGCCUUCUUGGGCUUGAAAUCUGCUAGCCAAGAAACCAUAGAUUGGCUUAUCAGCAAGCCCAAUAUCAUUCGGGCUUCGGCUUUGGUGUGCCGGUACUUGGACGACUUGGGCAGCUAUCAACGCGAGAGCCAAAACGGGAUGCUCCUAACAGGGUUCGAUUUCUAUGUGAAACAUCACGGUGGAUCGGUGCAAGAGGCUAAGGAUAAGUUUGUGGAGCUAGCUGAAGAUUCGUGGAUAAGUUUUAACACGGAAUGGAUAACUAAAGUUAGAAGAGAGGUGCCAAAGGAAGUUGCGGAAGUGCUUCUUGGUUACGUUCGAGCAGCCGAUGUCUUUUACAGGAAUAGCAGAGAUGGGUUCGCGAAAUGUCACGCGAUGGCACCAGAAGUUUACGGUCUCUUGGUGGACCCCAUUAUCGUCUAACAAAGUAGCUUCAUUUCCCAAAAUAAGACCACCACAGAAAACUUAGCUGCUUUCAUUUCACUUUUCUAUAGUGAAUCACUUGAGGUCCUCAGGAUGUGGUGACAACCGUGUGAACACUAUUUUGGUUUGUGUUGUGUAAUUCUAUUUUUCAUUGACCCUGAAUUGACCCUUAAGGGAUUCCGGAUUGGUUCGACCCUUGGUCGUGUCUAUUUUAAUAUGACUUUAAGUUAUAUUUCAUGGUCUUCAAUUUUUUACCUUAUUAUUUUCAAUUAGUCAAACAAAUAAAAAGUACAUUCAUGUAUAUAACGG